AUGAUUUACAAGAACUUGGGUGCACUAUCCAAGGCCUUGUCGCAAGAGGCAUUUAUGAGAAUGGCCACUGAAGAUCAGGUCGGUGCGUUUCUGCGUCGCUUCUCAGCUGGCCGGCUCAAUGUGAAUUUCAAUUUGGAGACAUGGCAUACCAAAGCUGAAGAAAAGAAAAGUGCGGGAGUUGUGGAAGAUGUCCCUACAUCACUCUCAGCUGCUGCCAUGCCCACAAGCUACAGAAUGGAUGACUUGGACCAGCCCUUGCCACGCCGUAAAGGAUACUUCUUGGCUGUUCAAUCCGCCCGGGAGUCCGCACUCUACCAAGAGCUGGAGCAAAUCCGCUUGGAGAGACUAAAACCGGCCAACGAAGUCACCCGGAGCAAUUUGGAUUUGGAACUACGGGAGCGAACGAUUCGUGAAGAGCUACUGGGAGAAUUGAAGGACGAUGUCGCACGGCGAGAGUAUAGGCAGAAGAAGAUCGCAAAGCCUGACCUUGGUCUUCUGCGCGAUUUGAUUGACUUGUUCGAUGCAAUCGAUGAAGAACGAACAGGUUUCGUGCCAAUUGAAGCUGUCGAAAAGUUUCUCUCCGGUGAGAUUGUGACCCAAGGAGAGAAUGCCCGACUCAAUUUGCGUCGACAGGCUCGCACCAGCCAGCGCAGUGUGAUCAACGCAGCCUGCUAUCCAACCAACCCGAUGGACCUCUUGGCUACAGCGCUGGAUGUGGAACUUCACCAAUUGGCCCAAGGGGACCCCAACCUGAUCAGCGAGACCAUCGAGGCUGCCAGCAAUCCAUGGCAUCACGAUGAGUUUGUGGAGUCUCUGGAACAUGAAUCAUUUGCCUUCGCAGGCGAGCAGGUUGCUGAGAGGGUACGCUUGGUGAGACUUUACUGGCGUCACUUUGUCUCAUGCUAG